AUGGAUUUUGCUGCUCUGGUGGAGAAGGCUAGAGUGAUGGAGAAGAUGAAGAACGAGGUAGAAGGUCAGCGCCCACAACAACCCCAGAGGAUAGGUGGACCAUCUGAGUCCAAGCUGAGACACGAGGAGAGGAGGAAGCCUUAUGACAGACCUCACCAUCAGUCCCAAGGGACCGCCUACCCACGCAUUGAGGGUUACCACAAGUGCAACAACUGUGGCAAGGAGGGCCACUUUGGGAAAGAUUGUCCCACCCUUGCUAGGGCAGUGACACGCCCUUCAGUACAAACUCCCGUGCAGAACCAGCAGAGGCACAAAGGCAACAGGCCUCAGGCAACGGGCAGGGUUUACGCCAUGUCAGGAGAAGAGGCUGUAGGAUCAGGUAACCUUGUUAUAGGUGAUUGUAUGAUAGUUGGAAAGGCAUGUUGUGUGUUGUAUGAUUCGGGAGCGACACACUCCUUUGUGUUAGAUGCUUGUGUGAAACGUCUGGGUUUGCCGGUGUGUGAGCUGUAG